GGAGUAUAUUUUACAUGCAUUAUAUAUCAUACAUUCUAUAAAUGCCGGCCACCAGCUUCGCCGUUCAUCACAAUAAUAAUUUGUUUCCGGUCACCAAAUUCUUAAUGGUGAACCCUCUAAGCGGCGGGCAUUGCGAUGACAAAAAGCUGCCGCACUUGCGUCAGAAGCCAAGCACCGAUACGGGUGGAUGGAGCUUUCUUGUGGAGGAGCUGGCUGCAAAUAAAGGUGCGGCAGAGGACGAUGAGGCGGCGGCGGCCGAGGCAGUGAAGAAGUACGUUCAACUGCCCCCACCUUUGCCGCCUCCGCGGCGUAAGAGCCGCUCCUUAUCCGCACUGAGUACGAAAAGCCUAGAGAUGUGUACUGAGGGCUUGGGCUGCGAAACUGGCUUCGACAUUACUCUGAGCGUUGAGGAAUUGAUCGGAAAGCCGCCGCCGCCGGAACCAUCACCAACGAAGCCGGCGGGGAUGAUUACGGGUGACAAAAUCAACAAAAGUAAGGCCUUCCCGCCUGCGCUGAGUUCAAGCAAAGGUCGGGCAGGACUUGAUGAUGGGGUGAAGAUGAUGCGGCCUCGUCGGGAAGGCGGCCGGUUGGUGUUGACCGCCAUCUCUGUAACCCGACCCGACUCUUUCUUCCUGGCAAGCAGAUCAGAUGGGAGGCUCAUGCUUUCCUUCAAAAUGGCUUCAAACAAUGGUUCCGAAGCUGAUGAUGACGACAUCAAUGAAGUUUAAAAUGAAGAUUAAUUUAGCUAGCUGGCGCCUUUUUGUGAGUUCAACUAUAUAUAAAUGGCUUCCCGACAACACUUUACUUUUGUGGAGAGAUCCUUGUCCUUCUUCUUCACAGACCCACACUUGUAUUCAUAUUUAUUUAUAACUUUUUCUUUUGC